UCCGGUGUGGCCGCACGCGUUGAUUUAACUAAUCAAAUCUGCCAAGUCGAGAAACAAUUUGCGAUCUCAUACGUCACCAACAUUAAUCCAAGUGCAAAAGUGAAUAGUGCAAAAACAAAUGUUUCGUGCUUAAACACUUGGACUUUCCAAGGCUAUUAGUGUUCCAGUGCUAAUUUAAUCGGAGAAUCUCGCGUUUUUCAACAGAGAUCGUCACGCUUGUUGACUAUUUUUUAUAGAUGAUACAGUGAUAUGAAAACCGUUCCAAUAAUAAUUUAGCAGUUCCGACUCAAUUUAAAAGUGAAUAAUUAAAAAUUUUCCGAAUUGUAUGUGACCGUAAAUAUAACAGUUCCAUAAAAAUUCAGAAGUGAAAAUUUUUGUGUUAUGUACGAAAAAGUGAACCGUGUUGCAUUGAAAAAGGAUUUCAGUGCGCAAGAAUUGAAAUGAAAAUUUUCAAAAAAAAAAUUGAUGUCCCACUUUGUUAACACGGCAAAGUGGCGAAGUCAGAGUCGAGGAUUGUGUUAGUGGGUGACGGGGAAGAGGAUGAAUGCUGUUGCCCUGGCAUGAGGAUCGGUGAUAUUGGUGGAGUGCUGCUUGAAGCUGCAAAGCUGACGAGAUCCUGGUUCUGCCAGAGGCCUGGUUACGGCUUCUCCCAGAAGGUGGACGAGGAGGAGGGCGGCGGGGGCGGCGCGCUGCAUCCACCGGACGGCUUCUACUCUCAUCAGCACAGCAUCCACAGCGGACACCAUGGUCACAACGCGGAGCCUGACCGGGGCUACAUGGACGGCAACCGAUACGUCACCGCUGUGCACAGACCUUUGCCUGCACUAAACCACUCCAACUCGUCAUGCUCGUCAGCGUCGAACGCGUCGACGGGCGCGGCGCUGUGCGCGGGCUCAGCGGAGCCGGCGCCCCCGCUCUACAUCGCCGCUCCGCCCGAGGGCUUCGGGAUGGCCGUUCAUACCAACAGGUAUGAAAACAUUAUUAGGCGAGGCACAGAUGCGGGAAUCAUUGGCACGACCGGAAUGACUCAAAAAGACCCUACUUUGCCACAAAAACGUGGCAAAUUGACGCGAGGUCGUUAUGAAAUGUCUCAGGACUUGUUAGACAAACAAGUAGAGAUCUUGGAGAGGCGAUACGGCGGUCUUAGAGCGAGGAGGGCCGCCGUCACCAUACAGAGGGCGUUCAGGAGGCGACAGCUCCUGAAGAAGUUUAGUGCUAUUACUGCCAUGGCGAAAGCGGCUGACUCCACUGCGAGGAGGCAUCAGGAUGGUGCUGAUCAUCUCCUAGUUAAUGGUAACGACAUUUACGCCAACACGUUGCUACAGAAGAGUCCGGGCAGCGCGGAGAAAGUGCUCGCUCUUACGAGGCCCAUGAGAUCCAUGUCGUUACGGGAACGACAUGAUAUUGAUAUGAGUAACCACAUGCCUUGUGACCCCCAAAGCGAGGUGGAAGCCAUGGUGGCUCGAGUUCAGCAAUCCGCUCACCAAUUGCACAUGAUCGCUUCAGAAAUACCCCCGCACCACAGGGGCGACACUGAUAGUGGGGUAUGCAGCUGUUCAGUGAGUGGAUCGGUGACCAACAUAUCCACAUCUUCGUCUCAUAAUGAAUCUCUACACAACCACCAGUUGUUAAACAAUACAGGACCCGUAUACGGAAACCUGCUAUCAUCAGGAGGUAAACCACUAUCGUCACCCACCGCGCGACAGCAACAGCAACUUGCAGCCAUACAAGCGGCUAACGCAAGACGAUUUCCCCCCGAAGUACCGAAACGGACCAGCAGCAUUACACUCAAUGCGGAGAGCCCCGUAUCGCUGCGGCGUGCGGAGUGCGGCGGCGCGGUAGUGCGUGGAGGGUCGAUGUCCUCCGUGCAGUCCUCUUCCUCGUCCUCGAGUCAAGAACACCGGCACCACUACCAUCAGCCGUACCAGCCGAGGGCACCGGAACCCCACAUCCACAUCCCAGAGCAGCAAUUCCAACAGCAUUCAAGAACCGCCUCGGGUACGCUAUACGAAGGCGAGCGUUACGCGGUGUGGAAGCGACAAGAAGCACCCCCGUAUUACGAAGCCCCUCCACCCGCCGCCUGCUGCCGACCACAGCACGACCACCAUCCGCAUACGCACCAACCACCCUUGAAAGUAUCAGAAACAGUCCGCAAACGCCAAUACCGAGUGGGUCUGAACCUCUUCAACAAGAAGCCGGAGAGAGGCAUCGCGUACCUGAUCUCUCGAGGCUUCCUCGAGAACUCCCCUCGAGGGGUAGCCAGGUUCCUCAUCACGAGGAAAGGGCUCAGCAAGCAGAUGAUUGGGGAAUAUCUGGGCAACCUGCAGAAUCAGUUCAACAUGGCUGUGUUAGAAUGUUUCGUCAACGAGCUGGACCUGUCAGGCAUGGCGGUAGACGUGGCACUGCGCAGGUAUCAAGCCCACUUCCGGCUGCCGGGUGAGGCGCAGAAGAUCGAGAGACUGGUGGAAGCGUUCGCGCGACGCUACUGCGUGUGCAAUACAGACUUCGUGCAGCGGUUACGGACUCAAGAUACGAUAUUCGUACUAGCGUUCGCAAUAAUAAUGCUAAAUACGGAUCUCCACACGCCGAACCUCAAGCCUGAAGCGCGUAUGUCGCUGGACGACUUUGUGCGGAACCUUCGAGGUAUCGACGACUGUGGAGACAUCGACCGGGACAUGCUAGCCGGGAUAUAUGAUAGGGUGAAAGCGAGCGAGUUUAGACCCGGAAGCGACCAUGUUACUCAGGUGAUGAAAGUGCAAGCAACGAUCGUGGGCAAGAAACCACACUUGGCGUUACCACAUCGGAGGCUGGUCUGCUACUGUCGCUUGUACGAAAUACCAGAUAUACAUAAGAAGGAACGACCGGGUGUCCAUCAGAGAGAGGUGUUCCUCUUCAACGAUCUGCUAGUAAUAACAAAGAUCUUCAGCAAGAAGAAGUCUUCAGUAACGUACACGUUCCGGCAGUCCUUCCCCCUGUGCGGAAUGCUCGUCAACCUAUUCUCGGUGCCACAUUAUCCGUUCGGCAUUCGUCUAUCGCGACGCGUGGACGGACGCAGACUGGCGACGUUUAACGCGCGAAACGAGCACGACCGCUGCAAGUUUGCGGAGGACCUGCGCGAGAGUGUGGCCGAGAUGGACGAGAUGGAGGCCAUGAGGAUUGAGGCCGAACUCAACAGGGGCAAGGGGAGGAGUACUAACAACGCUGCGAGGAAUGUAAUGGAAAAUCGAGACAGUGGUGUAGCGGAUGUGGAAAUUGACCACCAACAGUGCAUGGACCAUGUGCAUGUUCACGGCGUGGUGGUACCACCGCCGCCGUCGUGUCCGGCGCCCGCAGCGCCUUUGCGUCUGUCACAGAACCCACCACCUACCAGCAUCAUCAAACGAAACGUGCUCAGCAACUCACUCGUUGAUAUCAACGAUCCUGUGGCUAUGGCUGCGGAACGUCUCCAGCGGCGAGGGUCAGUGGGUUCACUGGACAGCGGCAUGUCCGUGUCGUUCCAACAGGGCAGUCGCACCGCCCUGCACGCUACCUCGCCCAGACACCCGCCCGAACAGAGGUCUCCAGGUCGCUUGUUUGGCAGUAUUGGAGGCAUAUUCCCCGGACGUCAACGAAAACUGAGCGCGUCGGGCGUUCCCGACACAAAACAGGGCCAAGUCGGAAAGAGCACAGAAGUCUAAAAGCCAAGAUCGAUUAAA